GGGUGGUGACGCAUGGGAAUCCCCGUGACGUCACCGCAGGGGGAUUCCUGCCUCGCCGGGGGAGCGCCCAAGGGUUUGGGGGUCCCGGGGGACGCGGGUAUGACACGGCGGUUUGAGGGGUCUCGGGAGUUCAGAGGGGACCCCCGAGCAGGGUCUGGAUGAGACACGGGGAUCUGGGGGACGCCUGGGCGUUCGGCGGGGUUCUAGGAGUUUUCAGGGUUCCCCGGCAUCCCGGGGACCCCCGAACCCUCCCUUGCACACCGCCAGGUCCCCCCCGCGCCGCUCCGCCCCAGACGGUGAAGCAGCUGCUGAAGGAGCUACGGCAGCAGAGGAGCCGGGAAGGGGCGAGAUCCCCGGUUUUGGCUCUGCCCUCCCCGCGCCCCUCGGAUGGCGCUCCCUGGCCCGCUGUCCCCGCUGUCCCCGCAGUGACGCCCAGCCUCUGUGCUGUCCCACAUGUGUCACCCCACGGCAGCCCGGGGGGGGCCCAUGGGGGAAGGGUCUCCGCUCCGAGGGGGUUUCAGGCUGCUGCCAUCCCUGGCCCUGCCUGGCCCCAUCCCGCAGUGCCGUGGGGAGAAUUUGGGGCCUCCCUGCUGGGAAGGGAGAUCCAAGACCCGUAUCCUGAACCCCAGGACCUGGCAGCCGCCCGCGCCGCACUGGGGGGCCGAGACCCCCGGGAGCUGCUGCGGCAGGACGAGGAGGGGGACACGCUGCUGCACGUGCUCUGUGCCGGGGGGCACUGGGCGCUCGCCCGGGCUGCGGCCGAGGCUCUGCGCGACCUGGGGGGACUGGAGGUGCGGGAGCACCUGGGCAAGACUCCCCUGCUGGUGGCAGCAGCAGCUGCAGCCCCGGAGAUCGUGCGGGACCUGCUCGUCCUGGGCGCCAAUCCCGACGCCGCUGACCACGGGGGCCGCACGGCCCUGCACCUGGCCGCAGCCUACGGGCACCCCGAAAUCCUCCAGGCCAUGAUGUCCUCGGGGGUUCCUGUCAACGUGGAGGCCAGAAAUUUUGAGGGCCAGACCCCUCUGCACUGCGCUGUCCUGGCCCACAACGCCUCGCUGCAGGGAGGGCACAGCGCCGCGGGGGGCUCUGCAGGGGGGUCCCCCACUCCCCAGGACCGAUUCCGCUGUGUUGAGCUGCUACUGCAGAUGGGGGCAGACAGCAGCAGCCAGGACACCAAAAGCAGCCUGACAGCCCUGCACCUGGCCGUGCGGGGAGGGAACCUUGCCCUGGCCCACCUACUGCUGCGCCAGCCUGGCAUGGCCCCCCGCCUUGUCAACAUGAAGGCCCACGGGAACACCCCCCUGCACAUGGCAGCAGCGCUGCCCGGGACCCCCAGCCAGGAGCCCCUUGUGAGGCUGCUCCUGGCCUGGGGUGCCGACCCCAGCGCCCGCAACCUGGAGCACGACCUGCCCCAGAGCCUGCUGCCCCCUGGGGCCCCCGGAGAGCAGCUCCGCCUCCUCCUGAGGAGCCGCCGGGGGUCCCAUCGCCCCCCCCCCACCGCCGAGUGACGUCAGAGGGGCGGGGUCUCCCCGGUACCGGAUGGGGGACACCCCCACAUUGGGGGAUCUCCCCAUGUUAACUUUUCCUGAUUUCAAUGAAAUUGCCCCCGAAUUUCUGUGAAAUGAGUCUGAACCACAUUGGUUUGGUGGGGGGAGGAGCACGGAGGGGGUCCAGCUCCCACUUGCCCUCCCCCCCAGCCUCAUUAAUGGGGGCUGCUAAUCAGAGGUGUCUCCUCUAAAUUGGGGGAUUUGCGUGGAGUAUGCCAAAUUGGAGAGGAAACUCAAAAACUGAGAGAAUUCUGGAAUGAAAUAAAAACUUUAUUAAAACCUGA